ACUGGAGUUGCCUGGCAUUCAUCAACACCUAUAAUUGCUUCUGUGGUUUUGCUUAGCAAGCAUAUUGAUAUAGCAGCACCUACUACACCCAUAGACGUAUAACACGUGUGAAGUAAUCGAUUAAGAAUUACUUGCGAGGUAUGACCGCAAUGUAUUAUCGAUGAAGAAGUUGAAAAAGAAGUCAGAUAGUGCGAGAGGCGUGCAAACGAGCAAGAUAGCAGGUGCAGUGAGUACAACAAGCGGCGAUGCAUCGCCCAUCAUCCGUGUGUGCAGAGAUUUUCUGCGAAACGUGUGUCACAGAGGGAAACGUUGCAAGUACCUGCACGAACGGUCUGAGGACGAUCCUGUAGAGGAGUACACAUUUUGUCAUGACUUUCAAAAUGGAAUGUGCAAUUGGCCUGGGUGCAAGUUUCUUCAUUGUACGGAGAGCGAGGAGAAGAGAUUCAGAGCAACGGGAGAAUUACCUGCACAUAUAUUGAGCAGGCUGAAAAAUAAUAAUGAAAAAUCUGAGUAUCCAAUGUGCAAAGAUUUUAUCAAAGGUAGUUGCCAAAGAACGAAUUGUAAAUUCAGACACUGGAAGAACGAGGAACCACAGCACAAUUUAAUUACAGUUUCUCAUCACAAUGUGUCCAGGCCACAACACAAUUUCAAUGGUACUAGCAAUGGUGAGAAUCGCAGAUACGAAGAAGAUAGAAACUUUCACUGGCAAAUGGAAGAUCAACAUAACUUAGUCACAAGUAACGGUUACAAUGCAUCUUCGCAUCCGCCUGAUUACAUAGGACCUCCUGAACCAAAGAGACGAAUAGUUUCUGGCGAAACUGUUGUUCAUUUUGAAGCUUCACCACUCGUAGGCCAACAUACCGCUCAACCAGUCACUCCAGGGUACUAUUAUCCGGUGAUACCACGCAACGAAGCCAGAGCAAUUGUUUUGGAAGAUGAGAAUGCGUUGUUAAGAAAGAAAAUAGAGGAAUUAAAAAAGCAAGUUAGUGACCUAACAGCUACUAACGAGUUUCUUUUGGAUCAAAAUGCUCAGCUAAGAAUGUCAGGAAAACGAACUGCGAAUGUAACAGCUGUUACAGUUCCAGCAGUCACUAUUACGAAUACUGUUCCACCAUCACAAGCUCCGACGCCUCAACAAAUGGUGAAUGCAGCAGUAGCUGCUGGUACUCUACGUACAGUUACUGCCAGUGUUGCAACUGUUCCUGUAAGUAUAGCCACAGUCGCACCUGUUUCCAUUGCAGCGGUUUCAAUGGCUCCAGUAUCUAUACCGCCACCCAUCGUUACAAUGGCUCAGCAAAAAGGUCCACAAGCAACUAAUCAACAGCCACCUAACACACAACAACCUGCCAGUUUACCCCUUUCUAUAUCUGGUGCUACUGCGCCAUUGGUUUCUUAUCCUAUUAUGACUCAAGAACUUAGGCCCGUCUUGCAGUAAAUAAAUUAUAGACGAGAAAGAAACAUUAAAUAAUACCUCAAGCACAUAAACGAAUCGAGGAUGCGUCUUCUGCAUUCAGUCUUUCAAGAUAAUACCGUAUUUCUACUAUUUCUUUGAGCGUAAAUGGUGAAUUUAAAAAAA